AUGUUUUGGACGCAGGAAAGGGAAGGUGGUGGCAGCCAGUUGGCCGUGCAGCCUCGCGACGGUGGCGCUGGGUACCCUUCCGGCCCUCAACCUACAGGCAUGGCCGGCAGCGUCCCUUCUCCGCAGCCGCCUCCGGUGCCUGCUGCCGUGUCUCUCAGCCUUGUUCCGUCUCCUCCGUCUUCUGUGCAGACGCCACCGUCGGUGACGAAUUCUGAGGUUUUGCCAGCCGCUGGCACUGGAGCUAGCACCGGCCAUGGCGUCAUCAACUUGAACGACAUCAAUCUCGUGGACGGCCUCCGUGGCAGAAGCACCGGCGAGGCUGGAGCAGGAGGGUCUGGCUGCAGCCGCUGGCCACACGAUGAGACGCUGGCGCUUAUCGAGAUCCGGUCGGAAAUGGACAGCGUCUUCCGCAACGCCGGCCUCAAAGCGCCCGUUUGGGAGGAGGUCUCCAGGAAGCUAGCGCAGCGAGGCUACCGCAGGAGCGCCAAGAAGUGCAAGGAGAAGUUCGAAAACGUUGACAAGUACUACAAGCGCUCCAAGGAAGAUCGUGCCGGCAGGCCGGACAACAAGAGCUACCGCUACUUCGCCCAACUCGAAGCACUCCACGCUGCAGACCCGCCGCAGCACCAGGCCGCGCCAAUGGCCAUGGCGGCUGCAGCUGCGAGACCGUUGGCGAUGGCCCAUCCUGGCGCUGGCCUGCUGCUGCCGGACCACGGCUUCUGGUCCAAUACGGAGCCAGACUCAGACAAUGAGUCCGAUGACGAGGAGGAAGGGGGCGGUGGUAUCAGUUACAAGAUGUUGACGGUGCUCGUGAAGCGUCUGAUAAAGCAGGUCACGAAGAGGCAAGACGCAAUGCAGCAACUACUCCUUGAUAAGCUCGAGAGGUGGGAAGCAGAGCGCACUAAGCGAGAGCAGGCAUGGCGGGCGCAUGAACUCACCCGCAUAAAGUGCGAAUGGGAGCAACUCGCCCAGGAGCGAGCUACCGGAGCCACCCGCGACGCUGCCCUGAUCAUGUUACUCCAGCGCAUCAUCACCAGCGGGAACUCCGUAUCGCUCCCUCCUUCCUUCAGCUCCUUAGCUGCGGCCAACAAACAAAAGGCGCCAGUGAUACAGAAUACCUCUCAGAUACAUCAUCACAUUGAAGCAUUAAUCGCCUCAAUGCAGUCAGUGGUUGCGAGCCGGUCAGUAGGAGAGAGCAGCGAGGGGGAUAAUAAUGGGAGCGGUAUGCCACGAUGGCCCAAGGAGGAAGUCGACGCGCUAAUACAAUUGCGGAUGGAGAAGGACGAGCUUUGGCAGGAUUUGGGAGGCAAGGCUCUACUGUGGGAUGACAUUUCUGCAGCCAUGCGGAACAUGGGGUACCACCGGAGCUCCAAGCGGUGCAAGGAGAAGUGGGAGAACAUCAACAAGUACUUCAAGAAGGUGAAGGAGAGCAAGAAGCGGCGCCCCUAGGACGCCAAGACGUGCCCUUACUUCCACCAACUUGAGGAUAUCUACCGCAAGAGGCAGCAAUUCACCAUGACCGGCAACGGCGGCAGCUCGAGCACUGCCCCCGAUGACACUACGGUUACCGUCACCUUCUCGGAGCAGCCUGUCUUGGAGCAGAACCACCAAUGUGAUCUUCAAGGUAACAUCGGCAAUAACUUUGGUAUGAUGGUUAACGACGGUGGGGAGAACUCACAUGCCUCACCAUGCAACGACGGCCACACGGCAAUGCACACAACCGUGGUUGAUGACAUUGCUAUAAACGAGGAGGAGAACACCCAUCGCGAGCUGGAAGAUAAGAUCAACAAUGACUUGGGCAUGGUGGAAAACAUUGAAGGGGGAAACUUGCAUACCACACUGAGCAACGACGGCGAUACGGCAAUGGUCACUGUCGUGCUUGAUGAUAGCUCUAUAAACAAGGAGGAGAAUCCCCAUCGUGAGCUCAGAGUUAGGAUCAGCAAUAAAUUCAACAUGAUGGGUAAUGACGGAGGGGAGAACUUGCUUGCCCCAUCGAGAAACGGUGGGGAUACACCAAUGGACAACAACAUGCUUGAUGACGACGCUAAAAACAAGGAGAACCCCUCGCGUGAGCUCGAAGUUAAAAUUAGCAAAGAUUUCAGCAUGGUAGAUAAUGGCGGAGGCGAGAACUUGCAUGCCCCACGGAGCAAAGACGGCGCUACAACAGUGGUUACAGCCGUGCUUGAUGAAAGCGCAAUAAACAUUGAGGAGAACUUGCUUGCCCCACCCUGCAAUGGCGGCGAUAUGGCAAUUGACACGGGCGUGAUUGAUGGUAGCUCUACAAAUAAGGAGAACCGCUCACGCGAGCUCGAAAGUAAAAUUAGCAAUGACUUCAUCGCGAUGGAUAAUGUUGGAGGGGAGAAUUUGCUUUCCCCACCGAGCAACAACGAUGAUACGGUAGUGGAUACAUCCGUGCUUGAUGAAAGCGCAAUAAACAAGGAUAAACCCUCAUGCGCGAUCGAAGGUAAGAUUAACAAUGACUUCGCCAUGAGGGAUAACAUCGGAGGGGAGAACUUGAUUGCCCCGAGCAACAACGGCGAUACGAUUGUGGAUACAACCUUGCUUCAUGACAGUGUUGUAAACAAGGAGGAGAACCCUUUGUACGAGCACGAAGUUAAUAUCAACAAUCAUUUCAGCAUGAUGGGUAACGGCGGAGUGGAGAACUUGCUAGCCCCACCCAACAACAAUGGCGAGAUGGCAACAGACACAGUCGUGCUUGAUGACAAUGCUAUAAACAAGGAGGAGAAUCCCUCACAGGAGCUCGAAGGUACGAUUAGCAAUGACUUUGCCAUGAUUAUUAAUGGCGGAGGAGAGAACUUGCUUUCCCCACUGAGAAAUGAUGGUGAUACGACAGUGGAUACAACCGUACUUGAUGGCAGCAUUGUAAACAAGGAGGAGAACCCUGGGCACGAACACGAAGUUAAUAUCAGCAAUCAUUUCGGCAUGAUGGGUAGCAGCGGAAGGGAGAACUUGCUGGUCCCACCCAGCAACAAUGGUGAGAUGGCAACGGAUACAGUCGUCCUUGAUGACAAUGCUAUAAACAAGGAGGAGAAUCCUUUGCGUGAGCUCAAAGGUAACAUUAGCAAUGACUUUGCCAUGAUGAUUAACGGCAGAGGGGAGAACUUGCUUUCCCCACCGAGAAACGAUGAUGACACGACAGUGGAUACAGCCGUGCUUGACGAGAGCGCAAUAAAAAAGGAGGAGGACCCCUGGCGCAAUCUCGAAGGUAAUAUCAACAAUGACUUCAACAUGAUAGGUAAUGAUGGAGAGGAAAACUUGCUUGCUGCACCCUGUAAUGGCGUGGAUACAGCAAUGGACGCAACAGUGCUUUAUGACAACGCUAUAAACCAUGAGAAGAACCCAUUGCGCGAGCUUGAAGAUAAGACCAUUAAUGAAUUUGCCAUGAUGGAAAAUAGUGGAGAGGAGAAAUUGCUUGCCUCAUCAAACAACGGCGGCGAUACGGCAAUGGACACAACCAUGCUUGAUGACAGCACUAUAAACAAGGAGGAGAACCCCCGGAGAGAGCUGAAAGGUAAUGUCAGCAAUGACUUCGACAUGAUGGGUAGCGACGAAGGGGAGAACUUGCUUGCCCCACCGAGCAAUAGUGAUGAUAUUGCAAUGGACACCUCCGUACUUGAUGACAUCCCUAUAAACAAGGAGAACCCCUUGCACGAGCUCGGAGGUAAUAUCAACAAUGAAUUUGUCAUGAUGGGUAACGAUGGAGGGGAGAACUUGUUUGCCCCACCCAGCCACAACUGUGAUACAACAAUGGACACAGCCGUGCUUGAUGACAGCGCUAUAAACAAGGAGGAGAACCCCUGGCGUGAGCUCGAAGGUAACAUCCGCAGCGACUUCAGCAUGAUGGAUAACGGCGGAGGGGAGAACUUGCUUGCCCCACCCAACAACAUCGGCGAUAAGGCAAUGGACACAACCGUGCUUGAUGAUAGCGCUAUAAACAAGGAGAACCCCUGGCGCGAGCUCGAAAGUAAGAUCAACAAUGACUUCAAGAUGAUGGAUAACGGCGGAUGGGAGAACUUGCUUGCCCCACCUAGCAACAACGACGAUACUACAAUGGACACAGGUGUGCUUGAUGACAACCCUGUAAACAAGAAGAAAGAAGACAUUGUGAUGACGACUGAGGCAAACAUGCAGCCUCAGCAGAAGGACUUUACAGAUUGGGAGGAGACGUGUAGCGACGACAUCGAAGGCAACUACACCCAUGAAGAUCGUGACAAUGGUGGUGGCAGCAGCGACAAUGAGAAUGAUAAAAUGAAAUGCAUCGUGGAGCUCCGGAAGCAACAAUAGCGCGCCUGCCCCAGAGAUAACCGAGAAGGUGGUGACGAGUUCGGUCCCGACAAGUAGCUCUUUCCUUCCUGUUCAGUAGACGCCAAUGCCCCGCGCAUGUUCCGAAAGAAAGCCAGGCAUCACAUCGUCUUCUUCGGUUCAUAAGCACCCGUUAUCCUUUGCAACAUCAUAUACCGUUUGUUGAUUUCUUGCCUGUAAUAACAGCCUCGAUUAUCAAAGGCCGAACCGGAAUAAGAGUCACCCUUCUGCAGUUCUUGAAUUAGCUAGACUGAAGAACAGAGGAGGUGCUUGACCAGAAGAAUUCCUAAGGAACAGGUUUUAUUUGUAGUGCAUGCCUUGGUUUAGACAGCAUGUGUUUUACCAUUUUCGUGCAUUGUAGCAU